GGGGAAUGUGGGCCGACUAUAUACUGGCUCAUCACGAUCCUCCGUCAGUUCAUUCCAUCUUUGUAAUUCUCGCUCGUAAGAUCGUCCUUCGGGGAGCGACUCGUCGUUGAAAUUAUUCCGAGAAGAGUUUUCAUCGAAGCACCAUACUUUGAAGCCAGAUUUUUCAAACUUCUUUCUCCCAAUCACACACACACAUCCAUCGCAAACGAUGAGGGCUGUUUAUCUACUGUUCCUCGGAUUCGUCGCAGUCUCGGCUCAGCGUCGUCUCGCAUUGCCGGACCCACGGAGUUGUGCAAAUCGUGUUCGCCACGCUUCGUACAGGGACGCGAGGGGCGUAGCGCACUCGUACUUCUUCAGCUGGGAGCACCAGCCGACCAAAGGUCUCGAAGUGGAUUGGCUCGACGCGAGGAACAUUUGUCGCCGUCAUUGCAUGGACGCCGUCUCCCUCGAGACGCCGCAGGAAAACGAAUUCAUUAAGCAGAGAAUCGCUCGAGGCAACGUACGUUACAUUUGGACCUCCGGACGGAAAUGCAAUUUCAACGGAUGCGACCGCGCUGAUCUCCAGCCGCAGAACGUUAACGGAUGGUUCUGGUCGGGCUCCGGGGCCAAGAUCGGGCCGACGACUCAACGAAACUCCGGUGAUUGGAGCCACACCGGUGGAUACGGUCAAGCCCAGCCCGAUAACCGCGAGGCGGCCCAGGGCAACGACGAGUCGUGUUUGUCGAUUUUGAACAACUUCUACAACGACGGUAUCAAGUGGCACGACGUUGCUUGCCAUCACGUCAAGCCCUUCGUGUGCGAGGACAGCGACGAGCUUUUGAACUUCGUAGCAUCCCGGAACGCCGGAAUUCGUCUAUAAAUAUUUCCAUUUAUGAUUACGAACAAACCUUUACACGUUAAUUAAAGAUAAUUAGUGAUUUAAAGAACGGCGACGAGGGGAGUGCGACCAAGAGGGAAAAAAAAUGUGCGACAAUGUUCCGUGAAAAACGAGACUGAAAAACGAGAACGUGGGGCGAUCCCGAGGCUGAUUGUUCAGAAUUUACGAUUUUAUUUCCCUCCCCCGGCAUUCAGUGUGAAAUUCACCUCAAUUUGAAGGGAUUCAAAUCCAAACGAAAGAAAAGCGUAUCGAUCAGUUUUCUGUACGUUUUUUCAUGCCCCUCUUUUCUGUCGCACUUUCUACAGUACUUUUUUUGUCGUUUCCUCACCCCUGGAGUAAAUAACACCUGAUUAGUCAUGCGACAUAGUUCGUUAAUUGUACGUACCAUUUUAUUUGUACUUUUCUUACGAAAAUAAAUGCAGAUUUGUAUGAACGAA